AGGGGGAAGACUCAACAAGUUGAGUGACGAAUGCUCGGUCGAUCGACUGACGUCACUCGGUAAUCGUUGCUGAGUUCAUUCCGCGCGAGCUUCGAACUGUACGUCAACAAGUAAGCGCGAGACCUUUUGCCAUAUUUUUUCCCACUUAAACAAACUCCGUUGAGGGUGAUGCGUCUCAGACACUCCUCUAAAUUGAUGGAAGGCUUUCCGAAAAGCCCCAUCCCCAAGAACAAAGCUAUAAAUUACAGUCUGAGAAGUCAGAGAUGGAACCCAUCGUUAGAGAAAACCCAGUCUUAUGACCACAAGACUGACUCCGAACACGAUCAAGACGAAAAUUCAGACGUUCCAAGUAUUUCUGAUGAGGAGGGUGUUGGGAAGAGCGGCAGCCCGUCAGAGUCGGCUGAUCCUGAACUGGACGGGUCAAGUGAGGCCUGCUGGUCGGACUGCAGCAGCGUCGCUUCUGGACCUUCCUUUAGACGUUAUGCAGCUUUGAGGGAACCGGUACUUUCACAAAGCGUGUGCUCCACCUGUCGCAAGCUCUAUCAAAGGGCGAGGAGCAUGAAGGGUCCAAUUACAGACAGACUUUACGACAACGAUCCCAGCUCUCUGACAUGUGACCACUGGAUUCUGAUUAAAAAGAUAAAGCCCAAAAAGCUGACUCCAACCAAAAGAAUUGAAAGCCUCAAACUGGAACAGAGAGAAUGUGGAGAGAGAGAGUCUCCAACGUGCUCCAGGCCUCAUAUUUUCCUUCAGAGAAAUCUUCGACGGUGCAUCAAAAAGCCUUCAAGAAAAGUGGGAAAGAAGAGGAAGAGGAGGCGAUACAAUACUAAGAAUUCUUCAGUUGCUAAGAAGCAGCAUUUCCAAAAGAGCAAUCCAGACCGGAACGUCGGCAGCGUUGAUGCUAACGACUGCGCAGACAACUCUUUUUGCAGCGGCUUUGGUUGGGCCGACUGCAGCGGUCAAAGUGUCGACCAUGAAGCCGCUUUAGAUGUGACUAUGAAGGAGAUGCCGUCGACCGUGAGCCCGGAAACCAGUGACUUCAAACAGAAAGCCGAGAAGAAAGAACCAAAAACUAAAACCUCCUUUAAAGAUCUGCUGACUCAGUGUUUGUACAACAGCAGCGGCGUGAUCACCAGAGAAAGACAUUAGGGGAGAAACUUUUUUAUUUAUUUAGGAAUUUCUUACAACAGAUUCAGUAAAGAAAAAAUUCUGAGUGUUUUUGCCUCCACUAACUGCUGGGUUUUUUUCUGUCCUGUUGUUUUUGGUUCCUUAUAUUAAACCGUUUAAACUCAUUUAGAGAGUUCUUAAGUUGGUUUUGUUGGAAAGUUUUAAGCAGCUUUAAAACUCUAAAUGUAUGAAGCUAGUUACUGCUAUAUUGCUUUAUAAGUGGGGUUGUGGUUUGUUGACCAGAGUUGAUGGUUUUGAAUGAAAAAUCCAAAUAAAAAAAAGAAAUCUCAAA